AGCCUUUGGACUUUAUCUUUAUGUUUAUGAUGUGUGUGUAAAUAUAUAUAUAUGGACAUACUGAUCUGAUCUGCAUUUAUGACUGCAAUAUCCUCUUGUGCUGCAUUAAUGCAAGAAUUCCAUCAUCCUAUCUGGGACAAAACUCUCUUGAAUCUUGACGCGGGAAAGGGCAACCCGGAAGUCAGCGGGCCUCGUGAUUGGCUAUUUCCAGGGGACACCGCGUGGGUCCGACGGGCUGGGAGCCAAUAGGAAAGGGGCGGCGGCUGAUUCCUCAUUUGCAUAAGGCAGUGUAUAUCAGGGGGCGAGCGGGGACGGGCGGCCGCAGUCGGGUGAAGGAACGAAGCGAGCGGGCGAUCGCGGUGAAGGAUGCCCGAGAAUGUGAGCAAGGUGAUCGCCAAGAAAGGGGCCAAGAAGGCGGCGUCCAUGUCGCACUCGAAGGGCGCGAAGAGGCGGCGCCGGGUCCGCAGGGAGAGCUACGGCAUCUACGUGUACAAGGUGCUGAAGCAGGUGCACCCGGACACGGGCAUCUCCUCCAAGGCCAUGAGCAUCAUGAACUCCUUCGUCAACGACGUCUUCGAGCGGAUCGCCUGCGAGGCGCUGCGCCUGGUGCACUACAGCGGGCGGCACACUAUGUCGUCGCGGGAGAUCCAGACGGCCGUGCGGCUGCUGGUGCCCGGGGAGCUGGCCAAGCACGCCGUCUCCGAGGGCACCAAGGCCGUCACCAAGUACACCAGCUGCAAAUGAGACACACCCGCUGGCAACCUGCCCUCCACACACCCACACACCCAACAAAGGCUCUUUUCAGGGCCACCUCCACAUUGUCCGCUUGGAGUUUCGCUUACAGGGGCUGUAAGCUCCUCGAUCGGAUCGAAAAUGACGGGAAUGGAGAUAAUAGGUGUAGGAGUAGGCCACUCGGCCCUUCGAGCCAGCUCGAUUUGUUACUAAUACCUAUGAGAGAAGCGAGUCUCGCAAACAUUCUGAAUUAUCUGGGGUGUUAAAUGGUCAGCUCGACAUAGACUACAAGACCUACACCAAACUCAAACCAAUUAGGAGCAGACGAGGGCAUUCGAUCCAAUUUGUGAUCCCAGCUACAAAGACAGAUGUGUACAGCAAUUCGUUCUUCCCCCGCACAAUUAAAGCAUGGAAUAACCUCCACCCAACUAUAGUUACCCAACCAGAUGCAACUAAAUUUAAAGUAGCUCUUUCUUCCCAAUAACCCUUUUUGGCUUAAGCCCUCCCUUCACCACCUCCAGUUUAAAUUCCAUUUGGAAUUUGGAAUAUUUUGGAGGACCAAGAAACCAAGAACCGACAUUCAAUGUGAUCAUGGAUGAUCAUCCACAGUCAAGAAGGGGUUAGGCCCGAAACGUUGCCUAUUUCCUUCGCUCCAUAGUUCCUGCCUCACCCGCUGAGUUUCUCCAGCACUUUUAACUACCCGUCUAUUCACAAUCGUUCCUGCCUUCUCCCCAUAUCCCCUGACUCCUACAAAAAUGCUGGAGAAACUCAGCAUCUAUGUAGAGAAUGAAUAUGUGGUGUUUCGGGUCGAGACCCUUAUUCAGAUUUAAUUUACUCCUCUCCACAUUGUUAUUUUGUGGAGUGAAAAGUACGGAUCUGGUUGGGAUUAGGUAGCUCCGAGUUGCUCAGUGAACGUACUGAAUGGGAC